AUGAGCGUGGAGGCGCUGGAGCUGCUGGCGCGCCGGCGUGUGGGGACCAAGGGGCACAGUGAGGUGUUGGUGCGUUGGCGUGUGCCAUUCGGCCCGCAGGAGCGUUUGUUGUGGGAGCCGACGGCAUCUUUUGCACCGGAGGCGUUGGUCAAGUUGUGUGCUGGUAAGGACGCGAGUGCCAUUGUGGGCGAGGAGCCCGUGGAAUGGCGAAUAAACGACCCGGGGAACAUGAACCUAAGGCGCGCAUGCCAAGGACUGCCGAUUGGUCCCUACGUCCCAGAACCGCAGGUGGCCGUAGAGGCGUUCCUGGCCUACGCCGAAGCCGACAAGCCCAAGGUCUUCGUCAAAUGGGCACAUGUAGGCAUCGGACAUGCCGCCUGGUGCGACCUGGCCGAUCUCCCUCCAGCACUCCUCGUAAACAAGUUCCGCGAUCUACAGCGCACCGUCGCGCUCGGACCAGCCAGAAUCGCCACGGUCGGAGACUCUGACCCCGCAAAUCACUCAAACCGCAGUGCCGCAAACUCCGCCGCCAGAUCCCCCAAGGAACAGCGCCGAAGUUAUGAUGCAUGCGGAACCCGAAAGCCCCGUCGCGAUGGACAUCGACUCGCCACCGCGGGGUACCGAACCAAAGGAUACCGGCCGGCCAGCGCCGAACAAAUCAGUAUCCAGCCAGCCAUUUCUCUCUAA